GGUCCAGGGUAGUCGGGGGAGAAAGUUUUGGAACAAAGUUUUGUAACAAUGAGAAGUCGGAAAGGGAAAGGUGCACAGCGUGGGGAGGAAAACUCCAACAAAUCUGACAGUAAGAAUGUGUCCGAACCUCCCUCCGCUCCAGCCGGCUUGUCCUUGUUGUGGACUUUCCUUCUGCUGCUGGUCGCCAGCUUCGGCAUUGGCGGCUGGUACAUUCAGCAACAGCUCCAAACCAUUGGCAGCCUGGAUCAAACCAUCCAAACCCUGCAAAAGAAACUGUCUCAGUUCGAAAAGACCCAGGCUCAAGUGAAUGAGUUGAACCAGAAGUUGUUAAUCACAGAAGAUUAUGAACAAAGGUUGCUGAAUCUUGAAUUUGCUCAGUCUGAUUCUGAACGUAAAAUGGAUAAGACAGUCGUAGCUGUGGCACAGAUUCAAUCCUCUGACCUGGAUAAUAAGUUGGCUACACUUCAAUCAGAAAUGAGCAAAAGCCUGAGUGAGUUCAGGAAGGACUUACUAACAAAGACUGACUUGCAGCAAGUGGAGGAUACAGUUGAGUUUCUUAGAGAAACUGAAUUUGCAAGGACUGAGCAGCAAGUUGCAAGUGUGAAGUCUGCCAGUUCAAAACUGGAAGAAAGUAUAAAUUCGCUCUCUGCUUCUUUGUCAAGUUUAACAGGUCGAAUUACAAGUCUAGAAGUAGAGAGACAGGACUUUCAAGCCCUUCAACAAAGUGCCGAGGACAUAAGUGCGGUCAAAGAGUUAGUGGACCAUAGUCUUCCCUCCCUCUCCAAUGGUGUGAUUACAUUGACAAAACAAUUAAAUCAGACAACUCUGAUGACCAAUGCCUUACAAUCACAGAUAGCGCAGCAUGAUAAAGAACUCCUGGGACUUCAAGAAACGGCAUCAGCCCAACAAGCAGAGCACCUCUCCAGUAAAGAAGAGCUGGAAAAUAUCAGAGAAUUGGCUCAUCAUUUACAAAUGGAGAAAAACUCUGUGGAAGAACUUGAGAACACGGUUCGAAGUACUUUGGCUGAUGUUAGCCAGUUGAAAAACAGAAAUGGUAAAACGGAUGAAGUGAUAACCAGUCUGCAGAAUCACAUCACAGAGGUUGAAACUAAUGGGAUUAAUCAAAUUAAACAGGUAGCAGAUAUCUUGGAUCAAAAGUUUCAUACUGUGCAAAAAAGCUUGGGGAAGAUUGAAACCGCACUUAAGAGCACUGUUGAGCAGUGUCUUUCAGGAGAAGUAAGAACUUUCUGUGAAACUUCAGAAAACUGUGCUUGGCCACACAUUCGAGAAGUUAGCUUUCCUCAUCGCAUAUUGAAGGAUCCAGUGAUUGUGCUGAGCUUGGCUGAAAUCAGCUCAGUUGAUUCAAUUGGAGUAACAGUAAAAACUGUUGAUAUUACAGACUCUGGCUUUAAGAUCCAAAUUAAUAACAUUGGUAAUUAUAAACUAGCAACUGUGAGAGUAAAUUGGAUGGCAUGUGCAUAGUAAAAGUAGCUUGAAAAAUCUGCAAAUUACUUCAGGAAUAGGACCAAUUUGUACCAACUGUACAAGAAAAAGUUGAGAAGAGAACCUCUGUUUUCGGAGACUAAUAAUCAAUAGGAAGCUUAUUCAAAGCUUAUUGAGCUAAUUCAACGCUAAAACAAUGAACCAAUGAACCUGUUUUUUGCCAUGACUGUUUGAAUGAAUUGAAUGACUGAAUUUUUUGCCAUAACGGUUAUGACAUACUAUUGCAAAUGUACUAAAUGUAAAUAUAUUUCCAACAGAAUAUUGGGGUAAAUGCUACAUUUGAGAGGAACAAAUCCUCACUUUACAAAUGGCAAUUUUGAAACAAGUACACACAACUAGAUAGUACAGAGAUAUUAGAAUAACUACACCAUACUAUGGGUUACUUACUUGUUUGAGUGGAUAAGCCAAGCUAAUAAAUUGUUCCAUAGAUAAAUGCAGAGGCACAAGAUGAAGCCCCUAUUCAUAAAGGAGAUGUUGUGCUCAAGGCCUCCAAUGUAUAUUGUUGUUCUACUCUUAUUUAUUUGGAAGCUGAAGUAAAUAGAAAUUCUAAAACUAAGGACAGAAUGUUACAGCUCAACGCAAACUGGAGGAACAGCACCUCAUCUUCCGACUAGGCAUUUUAAAGCCUACAGACUGAAUAUUGAAUUCAACAACUUUAGAUCUUGAACUCCCUCCUCCAUCCC